UAUUACUUUCAAAUCUUUACCAAACAACGAGUUUGGUUUGUUCUUGUUUCUUAAUGAAUGCAUUUCUCUUGUUGCCUUCUCUUCCUCUUCUUCCUCCUCCUCCACCGGUGAUCGAAGAGAGAAGGCUAGACAGGAGAAAAAGACCAAUAGUAAUUCAAUUUAAUACGAGAAGAUAUAGAGAAAAAGGUUGAAGGAAAGUAAUAUAAUUCAACAAAAAAAUGAAUGACUUAUUCUCUCCUUCGCUUAAAAAGUAUCAGGACCUAAAACAACAGGUCCAGAUGGAUGACCUAGAAGCCGGGACAGGAGGCACCGGUCCUUCUCAGGGUGAAAGCAUUGAUCUAGCUAAGUUCUUUGAAGAUGUAGAGAAUGUGAAAGAGGACAUGAAGGAAGUUGAGAAGUUAUAUAAACGAUUGCAAGAAUCAAAUGAAGAAAGCAAAACCGUGCAUAGUGCAAAAACCGUGAAAGAGAUUAGGGCUCGAAUGGACUCUGAUGUAACACUCGUCUUGAAACGUGUCAAGAUCAUCAAAGGGAAACUUGAAGGCUUAGAAAAAUCCAAUGCAAUAAAUAGGACGAAGCUAGGGUGUGGUCCAGGAUCCUCUGCUGAUCGAACCAGGACUUCUGUAGUUAGCGGUUUAGGGAAGAAACUAAAAGUUCUCAUGGAUGAUUUCCAAGCAUUGAGAGCAAGAAUGAAUUCAGAAUACAAGGAGACGGUAGCAAGAAGGUACUUCACCGUGACAGGAGAGAAUGCAGAUGAGGAACUUAUCGAUAAUUUGAUAUCAAGUGGAGAGAGCGAAUCGUUCCUCCAAAAGGCCAUUCAAGAACAAGGAAGGGGACAAAUUAUGGAUACAAUCUCAGAAAUUCAAGAAAGGCAUGAUGCUGUGAAGGAAAUUGAGAAGAAUUUGAUUGAGCUACACCAAAUUUUCCUAGACAUGGCUGCAUUAGUAGAAUCACAAGGACAACAAUUGAAUGAUAUAGAGAGUCAUGUGGCACAUGCAAGUUCAUUUGUUAGAAGAGGGACAGAACAACUAACAGAAGCUAGAGAGUUGCAAAAAAGCUCAAGAAAAUGUGCUUGCAUUGCUGUUAUCCUUGUCAUUCUUCUUAUUAUUGUCCUAACUUUUCCACUUUGGUCACCAUUAAUUACUAGUAGGUUGUAGAUAAUAUUAAAAUUAAACCAAGAGAGAAAAAAAAGAAGAAGAGAAAUAUUCCUUGUAGGAAUUUCUUUUAUUAUAUUCAUUGUCAUCAACUUUUGUUUUGUGACAAUACUUAUAGAAGUAUAUGAGUGGAAAUAGCCUCUUGCAAAA